CGUUGGCGCAAGCGAGACUGUAAAGUUAAGGCGGCACGGACCAACGACCGAAAGCAAAGAGAGUGAGAAGCUUCCCCAAGAAAUUCCCCCAAACAUCGCUUUCUUUUCCACCAGCCACGUCCGAACCUCUUCCUUCGCCUCUGGCUUUCUGUUAACGCUAAUUUUCAGGGAGGUUUCAAUCUGAAAGCCAGUGUUGCGGGGAGAGACCCAAUUCAUUUUACGAGCUGAGCUUCCUGGCCGUCGCACAUUAUGCCUAGAAUCCUCAGCUACACGCCGUCAUGGCUAUUGAGACCGUCCCCCGGGUUCGACGUCUUCGCAGGCUCUCCCAAGCGCGAUAUCCUGCCAUCAAAGACGCCGAGUCAGUCAAGUCCGAGCAAAGAUGCUCCCUCAAAGGAUGGUUACCUUGGUCCCGCGCGCAAUCUGGCGCAUAGGGGAACGGAAGUCUUUGUUGUGGUGGACAAUCAGAUCCGAUGGGCGGGUUUGUCCCUGCUCAAGGUCAACUGGAAAGAACAGGAAGAGAGAAAAGAAUUCAGAAAAUUGGGAGGGAGCAGAGAUAUUUCAAGUCCAGACGAAGAAGCCUCUGACGCGUCGGACAUCGGCUCAUACCGGGUACUGAAAGUCCCCGUCACCGAAAAGAUUAGACAGCUCGUCCCUUCACCUCAGGGCGACUACCUUGCCAUUCUUACCUCUCAUACCGUUCACAUUGCGAUUCUUCCGGACUCUUCACAUCUGGGCCAACCUGACUCCGGACCUAUCCGCUUGAAGACUCACACGCUCGGCCCCACUGCCCAUGUUCUGUCCCAAUCGCCCGUUGUAUCGGCAUUAUGGCACCCUCUUGGUGUUGCUGGCAGUACGUUGGUGACUGUUACUGCAGAGGCGGUCGUUCGGGUUUGGGAACUCAACCGCGACAACAGGUGGUCGUUCGAUAGCCCGACGCUGGCGGUGGAUCUGAAGAAAUUGGCAAAUGCAACUACGGCCGAAGCUGAUACGGCGCCAUCGACGCUCGGAUCUAAUAAAGGAUUUUCUCCCGACUCGUUUGAAAUGGAGGUUGCUUCUGCGUGUUUCGGCGGGACCGGACUGGAUGAGGAGCAUGGGUGGGCUUCAAUGACUUUGUGGGUCGCAAUGCGAGAGGGUGAUGUAUACGCGCUUUGUCCCUUGUUACCAAGCAAAUGGCAGAGCACUUCGACUCUGAUCCCGUCGCUGUCAACCUCGGUCAUGACCAAAGCUGCUUCACAGCAAAGCGAACAAGAAGUUUCGGAAUUAGAUCGUGUCGAUUGCGAGUACCAAUUCCGUUGGUUCUCAGAUAUUGACAACCAGGAGCCUCUUCUUGUUCCUGGCAGGUCAGAGUUUGUCCCGCCCUUGACGGUCUACAGCCGACCCUCCCAUCCCGGCCCUGUUCCGAGACUGCAAGGCCCUUUUCAGAUUGAGGCUAUGCCGGAAGAUGAGGGCCCAGAGGAAGUGGACGAGCUGCUGACGGACAUUUGCGUCGCAGGCGCAAAGGUAGACGUUGACGAGCUCAUGAUUGGAGAAGAAUGGGAAUCCCAGCUAGGAGAUUUUGCCGACGGAGGUCUUUCUGCCGGCAUAGUCUGUACAUUGGCGAAUACAGGACGAGUCCGCAUCCUUCUUGACUUGAACGGAGUGGAAGCAAGUUGGUUGCCUCAUGGAAAGAGCCUUGGCUAUCUAGAGCAAAUGGACUCUCUACCGAGCCUCCUGCACUUUGACUCUCUCAAUGUUAUGAAGCCUAGUGAUAUCCGGGAAUCUACAUGGCCACUUUUCACAGCCGAUACGCGGUCCCGAUAUUCAUUCUUUAUCACGCACGGUAAUGGCAUUAGUUAUAUGUCUCUCACUACAUGGGUGGAAGCACUGGAAGCCGAACUCGCCAACAGCACAGAAACAGGUGCAACUUUUCGUCUUGAGCGGCUGGCUGAAAGUUUCAAGACUCUCAGCGAGAACGUGAUGCAUUUCUCCCGCGAACAAGAUCCGGUCAGCGGCAAACAGUCACCCGACCUUUUUAAAUGCAUUGUCCUUCAGGAUUCGGAUCUUGGUUACUUCCUCCUCACGCUUGCCGGCGAGCGACCUCAAGCCUUGACAUUUGACGUUCCUGACCUGGAAACCUUGCUUCAUGAUGACGAUGGCGCGAUCGAGAAUUUUGAACCUAGUUCCAAACCAAUCAUCCAAAGCCAACCUCGGCCAGCGUACCAGCCACCCGAGUACCUGUGGCUACAAUCUGCCAUGCCAAAAUUCCUCGACGAGCACGUGCAUGACCGGCACCGACGCGCCUUGAAGGAAGAAAUCCGUCUCUCAACCGCAACUCUUGAUCUUAUGACGCAAGCCCACCGUGUGCUCAGCCGCGAGACAUACCAACUAGGACUCGCCGCUGCGGACUUGUUCCGCCGGUGUGAACGUCUACGAGAGGAUUUCAGGGACCAAAUUCGUCGCGCCAACGAGGUCGCCAACCGUAUCGAAGAAGUCACUGGCGAAGAUGCAGAUGCGUACGACAAUAAUGAAGGAGAGGAAGAAGAGCAAUCACUCACCGCAGACGCAAAGGUCGAGAAGAGACUUGCUGCCGCAAGAGCCCGCCAGGACGAGCUGCUUGCCCGCCAUGAAGCCCUACGGAGAAAGGUUGCCAAGCUGGGCGGCCGCGAACUGAGUGACAAAGAGCAGGCGUGGGGGCGAGAGAUCCAGAGACUGAAGUCGUCUGUACUCGGGCCCUCCGAGGCAAAUGGUAGUCGUCCGGCCGAGCGCUCGCCGCGAUCGAGAGCUGGUGCCUUGUGGAAGCGCUACGAAGAGGUCAAGAAUCUCGCAGACGACCUCGUGAGCGAGGCGAAAGAGUUGGGCGAACCUGCACCCGCACAAGACAACAGCCAAUCGCAACCUGAAAAUAUCAAUUACCGCGUGCCUUCGGACGUGCGUAAAGCCAAGAUGGCCCAGGUCAUGAAUUUAUUAGAACGAGAAACCGCAUUGGUCGAAGCAACGAGAUCACGCCUCGAACGCCUCAGCGGACUCGGGUCUUGAUUUGUUUUACUUUAUUCCAGCUUCUUCUACUAUUCCACUUUUUCUGCAAUUCCAUUUCUUUUAUUUUAUCUUAUUUUAUUUUUAUUGAUCGGUACGCCGUACGUCAUGUAUGAGCCUAUGAAGCGAAGGGCGAAAUGUAUAUCAUGUUUCUUUACACGUUUCUCCAGACAAUUUAUUCCACUUGUCAUCAGACUACCAAUUUUUCUCCUUGCUUCCAUUUCCUUCCUUAUAUUCUUCUCUUCUUUUUGUUGAAGUGUAUCCAGCGCAUAUUAGCAACCUGCGGUUUGCGGUACAGCGCUAGCAUCGUCGCAGCAUCCGCACCAGCAUCUGUAGCAUCAAUGAUUCAAACCCGUCACAAUUCCGGCUGAGCUUUAGAAGA